ACAGCUAGAGCCGCAGCGGCACCUUUUCCAAGCCUGGGCCAUGGAGAGCCAGCCAAAAAAAACAACGCGAGGGACCGGGCGCGGCACCAGGGAUGCGGAAAAAACAAAGAGCAAGACAGAAGAACCGGUGCGCGUCACCAGAGAUGCGGAGAAAGCGAAGAGACGACGCAGCGGCGACAGCCUCAGAUCGAUAUACAUGCAGCUUAUCGCCUGCCGCGUGCCCAAAGCCGACCACGACGCUUUACGGUGCGUGAGCAAGCGGUGGCGGGCAGCGGCGGAGAGGGUCGGGCUCCAGCGCCUGCGGGCCACGUGCGGCUGGACUGAAACAGCACUGAUAGUGGCGGGCGGCGGCGACAGCGUGUUCGAGCGAGGCGAGUCGGAUCCUACGCCCGACCGCGAGGACUGCUGGCAAUUGAUAGGCGGCAAGUGGCGCAAAAUGCGGAACGAUCCCAAACCACGUUGCGAUUCUGCGGUGGUGAGCUGGCGCGGCCGCGUAGUAUGUGUGGGCGGGACGCGCACCGUGAAGAAUGAGGAAGACGCGUGGUCGAUGCGGACGGGCGUGGGCGACGUCGUGAGUUAUGACGCGGCGACAGAUGAGUGGACGGACCUCCCGGCGAAGUGUGAGCGCCGCACGAGCGCAUACGCCGCCGUCGACCCGACCACGGACGCGCUCGUCGUCGUCGGCGGCUGGCGCGUGCGAGGAGAUCUGCUAGACCCUGAUCCGGCCAUAAAUAAUGGACACUUCGACGAGGAGGUCGGCACGAUGCAGAUGCUGGCCAACCCGACAGACCAGGCUUGGACGGACCUGCCGCCCAUGCCAUCUGCCGUCUCCAACUUUGUGGGAGGCGUCAUCGGCACCAAACUAUAUGUCGCGGGCGGCCUCCGCUGGGUAGGGGGUUGGCGCAUCGCGAGCGACGAGCUGCAGGUAUUUGAUUUUGAGACGAGGACGUGGAGUCUCGGACCGGAUUUGCCCGGCCCGCGUUACUAUGGCGCCGGCUGUGUGUGCGACGGGAGGCUUUAUAUUGUGGGCGGCAAAGACGAGUCGCGGAACCUGACGCGGAGUGUCAUCGUGUUCAGUCCGGAAUCGCCUGCCGGUUGGAGCCAGGUCAGUAGCCUUCCCGAGUUCCGGUACUAUCAUUCGUGCUGCAAUUACAAGGGUAAACUUGUGGUAUUCGGCGGCGAGGGCGACGGAGAGGUCUUUCCACCGCUCGUGCUGUCGUCGAUCUCGGGACGCGAUCCGGGCCGGCACCCGCCGGAAGAGCAGUUAUGGUUGUCGGAAGCUCUUAGGACUGAAAUAUUGGACGUGCUCGGGCGCGCGCUGGCACGCGACGUGCCUUUAGAAGGUAGGGUGCAGGUAGGGUCGUUGAACGAGGAAUUGACGAAGCGUACUCUUCAGCGCUUUGGCUUUUACCUGGCUCAAUAUGGCGAAGUGUUUGGCGACGAGCUCACCUUGCAGGACCGCGAGCUCGCCUCAAAGCUAUACAGGCGGCUCGACGACGACGCCGCGGUACUAUCCAUCCCGCCGCUCCCGGCGGGCUACGACCACCCACUCCUCGCGGCCAUCGUCUGCAGCGCGCCCGUCGGUUAAGUAUAUAUAUGAAUUACUUGGAGUA